GUGUUUCUGCGCCGUUAACCGUGACCUCUUACUUAGAUAAACAUACAACAUAAUGAUCUGCCAACGCUGUCUCCGCCGGCUAGCGCAUCAAAGUGCCCAGCAUGACCGCAGUCACGCUUCCAAACGAGCCUUGUCCACGACAAAGAUCAUCCGCUCAACACCGGUCACGGCCGAGACAACCACAACCAAUGUUCCACGACCCGACGGUCGCCCUGCCGCGACAUCAAGACCGGGCGUCGCACAACCUAUCAGCACACCAUUGACCGCGAGUCCUGAUCGACAAGAACUUCCCAUAAGUCGUAAGCAGACCAAAGCACCUGCGAAGCUACCGGCGAGCAGUAUGCCGGCAGGUACGGUGAUGAAGGGGUUGAACUUCAUGAAGAACAAGCCCGAUCCGAUCGCGAUGGAGGAUGGUGCUAAGGCUGGUCGGGAGGGUGACCUUUUUGCCAAGUCGAAGAAGCAGCGACAGAAAGCUGCAAAGGCGUUGCGGAAGCAGGCACUUCUACAUCCGGAGGCUCUGGCGCCGAAAGUGCCGCUGACCGAGCAGACGGUGGACUUACCCACCGGCGAUGGCACGUUAGAGGGAGCGAGAAGCGCGGAGGAGGCGCGAGGAGAACUGACGGCUGCGCUGAGGGGGAAGCGGAGAAGCAAGAUCAAAGAAGACAACUAUCUGAGGAGUAUGCGGUAGAGCUGACUGCCGAGUUCGAAGCGGCAACACUUGGUGUCCGCGUCACUCCCUUCCUGCAAUCAUACAGUGUGCAGACUUGCUCUCCCGAGCGCGCCUCUUUCGGGUUUAAUUCGAUCGACCACAUGUUAUGCCGUUUGACGGUUGCCUGCGAGUAUUGGAUCGCUCGCCAGCAACGAAACCAUCGCCACAAAAGUAAGGGGCCAGGCCUUAAAUCUGUGGACCUUGAUCCCCAUUCAUCUCUUCCGAGUACGUUCGAGCUUCGUUCUCCUCAACAUGUUCUUCGCAACAUCCAAGAGGUCGCCCAUGGUG